UUUCAGAUUACACCGUAACUUCUGUUCUAACUGUUCAGACUUAUUUGAAUCGAUUCUGACCCAUUAAAAGAAAUCGAAAUACGAACCGAAAUUAUCACGAAACUGGAACAUUUUGACAGAUGUGGGCUAAAUGAAAAAAUAUACCAUUGAAUUAGAAAAAAAAAAGAGAAAAUGACGGACAAGCAAAUUCGAACGACCCAUUUUUGAAAAUGUACGUCACAUUGACGUGAUUUAAUUGAGAAAAAAGAAACAAACAAAAAUGGCGCACAAAUUGAAGAACAACCAUUAUGUAGCCACGCAUCGUUCUGGUGUGGAUUCGCCGUCAUCCGGAGGAUAUUUGCACAGAGCAUCGUCUAGAGAUGAAAACGACAGCCACAGAGCACCUUCGGAGAGGACGCUGUCAGAGUACACGACAAUGGACGAAAGAACCCGGUCGCUGUCUGGCAAUGACCACCGGAACGGCAGGCGGCACCAGCAAACGAACGGCUCGCCUCGGGCCGACUCCGCGUCCGAUGUCUACGUCACUAGCGCCGCCUACAGACCUCCUUCGGAAAUCAGUCGACAGUCCCGAGCUCCUCGCAGCGUGUAUUCCUACCGCAGCGCUGUAGCGCCAUCUGUCGCGUCUACACACAGAUCCAAAGUUUCUAGGAAGGCAGGAGUGAAAGUAGACGCGAUGGCAGCGCCGAACCCGUUCUGUCCCAACGUCAAGGGCAUGUGCUGUCUGAUGCUGCUCCUCAACCUGGGGCUCAUCCUCGUCACGCUGGGCUUCGUUAUCGUGCUCCAGUUCUUCGAGCCACUGUUUGUUUGGAUCUUGGGUAUAGUCUUCUUGAUAUUUGGCUUCAUAACUCUAGUGGGAAGUCUCGUGUACUGCGUAGUUUUGUGCCGAGAGAACCCCUAUCCUCGAUACCCGGAUGACUUCCACUGGACCCACCAUUGGUCUAAAACAAUAGGGCCCUCGGAAAUACAUUACAGUGCCAGCGAGAAGCAGUACCGGCAGAAUGGACAUAAUAGGUACAAUGGCAAAUAUUCGGACAGGGAAAGUGCAAAAGGCUACUCUGAUAGAGAAAGCAAGCUGAGUAGGUACUGAAAAAUGGAAUCGACUUUUGUUUUGAGGAUAUUCUUAUGAUACAUUGAAAUUGGGCGGCGAAUGUGGAUGUAAUAUAACAACAAUCACACAAUACGACUCAUCGCCUUAAUUUAAAAAAAAAUACAACUUAAUCAUUAUUUUACAAAAAUCAAAAUCUACUGAUUUGCUGAUUUCGGUUAGAAACUACGCAGUAGAAUUCUAUUUCUUUAUAAAAUAACAUUUUAGUCACUUUAUUGUAUUUUGAACGAGUGAAACACAAUGAUAUUAAACGCACAAAACAAUCGACUUGUACCCUUUGAAUGAUGUCGGUAAACGUUCAAAGCUAUGUACAUAUGUACACAAAUAAAAAAAAAAUUUGAAAGAAAAAAAAUUGUAUAAUAAUUUUAUUUAAAAUAAAAUCUUUCAGUUCGAAGGUAGUUUCUUAUUGUUGGAAGUGAUAAGCAUUCUAUUUUUUUAUUUAUCAAGUUUAGGUAAUUUUCUUUGCUAUUGAAAAAUUGUUUUCUCUGAAUAAUUAUAUAAAUGCUUUAUAUACGUUUUUAUCGAACUUUAAUCUCAUGUGGAAAUUUGAAUAAAUGAAUCUUUUAUAUUUUCUUCUCUGAAAAGAAGGUAUGGAAAAUGUUUCAUCCAAAUAUUCCUGUUAUGUUAAUAAAUUAAACUCUAUUUAGUAUUUUGUCUAAUUUAAUGUAAAUAAUACUAGUUUAAGUUAAAUAUGAAUUAAAUGCCAUAUUAAUUAUUACAUUAUAAGUUUAAGUAAGAAAUUAAUAUUCACGGAAAAUAAUUAUUUUAAGUGACUGACACAUUAUUUGUAUAAAAAAUUUAAGCAUGAACUUAACAAGCGAGGAAUGUUCACAAUUAUCCAAUUAUUCGUUGAAUACAUUUUUCGUUAUGGCUACUAAAUGAUGGCACCUGUAAAAUUGUUAUAUCUGCAGCUUGUAAUAUAUUGUUUAGAAGAUAAAUUAAUAAAUUUUAUAU